AUGGGUGCGGCGCCAGAUUCGACUGAAAGAAAUGAGACCUCAAGCAGUAAUUUGCCGGGGCAUGAACGUGGCUGCAGGUGGGCUGAGCUGGUUCUCAGGAAACCCUUGACCGCGCUCGUGGUAGAUGGAGUGACUGUGUGCCGGCUUAUAGUGUAUCACAGGCUGGAAUCAGUCGGUGUCGAAACAAAGAUGGUUGGAAGCGGGCAGGAGGCGCUUGAGCUCACCGAAGCGCAUUACGACUUGAUCCUCGUCGACAGAUACAUGCAUCACAUGAGUGGUCUCGAGACAUCUCACCAGGGUUUCUCGUGGCAGACCAUACGGCUAAUGAGGGAGAGGGGCGUGCGAACCAAGAUUGUCGGCCUGACGUCCGGAGAGCUCGAGACUGACAGGCCGGAAAUGAUGCAAGCUGGAGCCGACGACUGCCUGGAGAAGCCGCUGUCUGCGGAUGCUUUGGCCCGUAUCCUGGCCGAGAUCGACCGCCACUGA